CCACCCUAGGACUCCCAUUUGCAUACGUUUCAUAAACACAACCAGGAAGUUCUUGAGUUCAGGAAAACUGAAACUUCACUGUCAGAUUUUUGUUUUCUAAAAUGGCAGAAGCGAGUGUUUCUUUGGCUCAGGAUCAGUUCAGCUGUUCAAUCUGUCUGGAUCUACUGAAGGAUCCUGUGACUAUUAACUGUGGACACAGUUACUGUAUGAGCUGUAUUACAGACUGCUGGGAUCAGAAGAGAGACUACAGCUGCCCUCAGUGCAGACAGACCUUCACUACAAGACCUGUUUUAGGUAAAAACACCAUGCUGGCUGAAGUGGUGGAGAAACUGAAGAAGACUAAACUACAAGCUGCUCCUCCUGAUCACUGUUAUGCUGAACCUGGAGAUGUGGAGUGUGACGUCUGUACUGAGAGAAAACACAAAGCUGUCAAGUCCUGUCUGGUGUGUCUGAACUCUUACUGUCAAAAUCAUCUUGAACAACAUGAGAAUUUAUUCAAAGGGAAGAAGCACAACCUGAUAGACGCCACUGGACGACUACAGCAGAUGAUUUGUCCUCAACAUGAUAAAGUACUUGAGAUUUACUGUCGUACUGAUCAGCUUUGUAUAUGUUAUCUGUGUAUGGUAGAUGAACACAAUAACCAUGAGACUGUAUCAGCUGCAGCAGAGAGGACUGAGAAACAGAAACAGCUGCAGAAACAAUACCAGGAGAGAAUCCAGGAGAGCCAGAAGAAGCUUCAGGAGUUGAAGGAUGCUGUGGAGACUCAUAAGCGCUCUGCACAGACAGCAGUGGACGACACUGAGAGGAUCUUUACUCAACUGAUCCAAGCCAUUGAGAAAAGACGAUCUGAGGUGACACAUCUGAUCAGAGAUCAGGAAAAGGCUACAGUGAGUCGAGCUGAAGGACUCUUGAAGCGACUGGAGCAAGAGAUUGAUGAUUUGAGGAGGAGAGAUGCUGAGCUUUUACACAUAGAUGAUCACAUCUAUUUCCUCCAGAGUUUUCAGUCUCUCUCUGUUCCUCCUGGAUCUACAGACACACUCAACAUCACUGUCAGUUCUCUCCUCUCUAUUGAUGAUGUAGGAAAAUCUGUUUCUCAUCUGAGAGAGAAACUGGAGGAUUUCAGGAAAGAGAUAGAAAAAAUAUCUGACAGAGUUUCCCCUGAACCCAAGACCAGGAUGCAGUUCUUACAAUAUUGUCAUCAUAUCACUGCAGAUCCAAACACAGCACAUAAACGUCUCUGUCUGUCUGAUGGGAACAGAGUGAUUACAGUUACUGACACAAUCCAGCCGUAUCUUAAUCAUCCAGACAGAUUUGAUCAAUACCUUCAGGUGUUGUGUAAUGAGAGUGUGAGUGGACGCUGUUACUGGGAGGUUGAGUGGAGUGGAAAUGUGCGAAUAUCAGUGUCAUAUAAGAGCAUCAGCAGGAAGGGAGAGAGUAAUGAGUGUUUGUUUGGAUUUAAUGAUCAGUCCUGGUGUUUGUGGUGCUCUGACGUCGAAUAUACAUUUUGGCACAAUAAAGUUAGUAACAAACUCCCUGUAUUGUCGAAAUCAUCUAGAAUAGGAGUUUAUGUGGAUCACAGUGCAGGAACUCUUUCUUUCUACAGCAUCACUAGCACAAUGACCCUCAUACACAGAGUCAAGACCACAUUCACUAAACCUCUCUAUCCUGGGUUUGUGGUUAUUAGUAAAUCAGUGAAACUGUGUAAUAUAACAAAAUAGAUUAUACAGAGAUUCUACAGUUAAUAUUGUUAUAACAGAAGUUAAUGUUAAUUAUACAACAGUUCUUUCUGGUUCUCGAAUCUGAUUGGCUAAGAGCUAUGCGAUAUUGUGCUGAUAACGGCACUGUAACCGCUUCACCUUUCGUAUCAUUCCGCCACCUAGUGAAUGGAGGUCCUAAACAGGCUCAUGGAAAAACACAGACGCCCUGUUUUUAAACACUCUCUGUGUGUCUCAUUAGUUCACUAGCUCAUAAAUCAGUCUGUGAAUCCCAAUCGGAAGUUAUUAUUCCGUUAAAGAUCAGCGCUCUUGGAUGUUACGUUAAACUUAAUGGGAUUAAUGUCUUGUCACAUCGUGUGGACACUUGGAAAGAGGAAUGUAAACACUCGGUUUUUCUUCUGGAGCUAUAUCUCUUAUCAGAACGCGAAAACACUGUGGAACUGCAGGUAAGCACCGCAGCUUUUAAAUGUGGACAUUGAUCAUUUAUUUUAUCGUGACGUGACUAUUAAAACAUGUUAUGAGAUAUCGCCACUGGUAUAUUUAUAAGCAGCAUGCACAAACAUCUCUCUGACACUUAUAAAAACCGUUUUAUAUAGUACUGACAAGAACGAAGUCUAAUAAUAACAGAGUGCUCAUAUCGCGUUAAGAGUAAAUGGGAAUGCAAUAGUAACAUUAUAAAAGUAUAGUUUUAUACACUUUUACCUCGCGCCAAAAAACAAACAAGGCCGACAUGAGAGCCAGGGAAUCCCUGUCAGAGAUGUAGCCCAGAGAGGGCGGUGGUCAGCGGGGCGAGUGAAAACUGACGUCUGCUCAUGCUUUGGUUCUCAUACGUACCGAAUCUCACUAAGAAAACGUUCAAACAGGCGCUAUUUUUACUAAUUGACUGCAGAUUUAAAUAUAAUACAUAUACAUUCUCGACUGAACUAAUCUUAAAACUACACUUUGUGACCAAGAAACGGCAAUAUAAAGAAACGGCUUUUCCGUCCAUUGAGUUGUUAUGAGAUUCAAAGCAGCCGAAAGUGUUACCUGUCAUUCUGGCAGCCCUCAAAUUCGUGGCGGAAGAAGUAGUUUUCAAACAAAGAGGCUUUUAAAAUAACUCCGGUGUUGUUUUCUAGUUUUCGUUUUUCAAACGUGUGCCGUCGAACUGUUGUAUAAAAGCAAUAUCGCUCUCAGAGUCUUGUGAUAUAGCUCUAUAUCAUCACGGCUGUGAUUGCCUCUGGCACUCGGCCU